CCAGGCCGCAUUGGUGACCGACAGAGGUGUGCUCAUUGGUGACAUCGCUGCAAUUGCAGGAUUCUGGUGCAAUAAGGCGAGCUUCAACAGCCCAACACCAUGCCCGGCAAAGGCAACUACGUGGGGCCGCAGGAGGAGACCAUCAUUUGCCUGAAGUACACCAUCUUCGCCUUCAAUUUCUUGUCAUGGCUGAUGGGUGCCAUCAUCUUCGCGCUGGGCCUCUGGAUCCGGUUUGAUGAGGAUUUCCAGAAAUGGGUUCGCGGCCUGGGCAUGCAGCACUACUGGACGGGCAUCUACAUCCUGAUGAUGAUCGGUCUUAUCGUCAUGAUCGUCUCCUUCUUCGGCUGCUGCGGCGCCGUCACCGAAGCACGCUGGAUGCUCAAGGUCUUCUGCCUGCUUCUGGUGUUCUGCUUCAUCUUCGAGAUGGCCGGUGCCACAUACACUCUGAGCAAUGGCAUCUACCACUCCAAGAUCUAUCCGUGGCUACAGAACCAGCUGACCGGCAUGGUGGCGCGCUACCAGACUGACAAGAACGCGCGCUGGGUGCUCGACAUGAUUCAGGAGUACGUGGGCUGCUGCGGCGGGAACGGGUCGGGCGACUACCAACAGUGGCACAUCCCCACACCCAACACCUGCCGCGACCCCGUCCAGGGCAACGAGUGGGCCAACAGCUGCUCCCAGGAGAUCACCUUCAUGCUGCAGAUCAAGACAGGCUGGAUCGCUGGUAUCUCGCUCUUCCUUUGCUUCUUCCAGAUCCUCAUGGUCAUGUUCACGCUCUGCCUGCAUUCGGCGCUCAAGAGCGAAGAGAAGAAUUACGGCAAGUAGACGUGAGUCGCCAGAAAAAAAAUGUUUUGGAGAUUUUCUUAGCAGCCGUGACGGGAAGAGCGGGAACCAGGGAAGAAGGGGAAGAAGGGGAGAAUGGGGAAGAUAGGGGAGCUGAAUGAGAGAGGCAACGUGAAGAUGGGCUGUCAGCGCCGUGUCGUGGGCAGUUUGGGUGUUUUGUCGCGUCAUUUAAGCCUGCGGAGCCCGAUUGCAGGAUGAAUGUUAUCAUUCGAUACGACGAAGCAAGGCGGCUUCAGGACAUGGAAACUGUAUGAUUUGCCGUCAUUAGUGGUGUUCCUUAUGAGCGAAGCUAUACCAAGAGGCAUGUGAAAACAGAAGGCUUUCAUACUUUGCAACAUAAUGUGAUUUCCCUCGAAAUCAAUCUCGGCGUUUACGGACUUCUCGACGAUAGCUGAGAAGGCAUGAUUUCCUACUUAGUAAUUGGACACCACUAAAAUGGUUGUCAUUAGCAACGGACUUCUCCAUUUUUGCAAAGCCUGGUAAUGCAUUUGGCUCCGCUCCAAUAAUGCGACAAACUUUUAGACAGGUCAGUGAAAUGCGUGCUGGUCGGCAAUAGUUGAUGACUGCUAUGACCAAGUAGUAAAUCUGAUACGCGCAUUGCGGCCACGUGUAGGUGCUUAAGUAGGGGUUCUGUGUUACUGUAGCGAUCGGUUUAGGAACAAACUGUAUCUGAAGAUUGUUCAUCACAGCGCAGUGUAUUUUUUUUCUUUUUAUGCUUUCGUUGAUUCAUCGUGUUAGAUUAGCCUUACAGUUAGAUUACCUUUCAACAUGGUGGCUGUAUCACUAUUUCGUAUGUUUUUUAGCCUCGUAGGUUGCCUGAUAGUUGAUGUUUGUGUCUUUGUCACUUGGCUAGCUCCUUGUGGAGUAAAUGGACACCUGCCUUUGUUAACUCCUUGUGGAGUAAAUGGACACCUGCCUUCGCUAACUCCUUGUGGAGUUCAUGGACACCUGCCUUCGCACGCGUCACUGUUUGAUAUCUCGGGGUUAUCGUCGCCACAGCUCAGGCGCACUCGCCGCGCUGAUCCGGCAGACAAAUCAUCGAUUCCGUGCGACUACACGACCUGUACGGGUGCCGGGUGUCCAGCAGGGGCGGGUCGUGUCUGGGCCUGAAAGGAGCUUCAUCUCGCUCAGGCACGUGCUCCAUGGUGCUCCUACCUGUUGUGCUGGCUCGCUGCUCGGCCGUCAAAUGUUCAAAUACAUGUUCCCCGGGACGGACA